AUGCCUAAAGAGCCAAUCCCUAUUAACUUUACUCUUCACCACCCAGAAAACUUAUAUGAAGGGUUUCUAAAGAAGAAGGGUAAAAAUCUCAUCAAAAAGGCUCCUCUGCGUUAUGUCGUUAUUCGUAAUGAAGCCAUCUAUUACUUUAAUACAAAAAAGGAUGAAAAUUCGCAGGAACAGCCUGAUCUCUCUUCUUGCCUCGGAUUUAUUAACGUCAAAGAUCUAAAGAGUAUAACAGGAGAUGAAUCCGAUAACAAAAUAACCAUUGUUGCUGAAAAGAAAUCAAAAACCAAACAAUUUGUCUUCUUUACGGAAACUAAAGACUCUUAUACACAAUGGUUGAACGAAAUGAAAAAGUGGUACUCAAAGAAGGAAUUCUACUCUUCCAUGCCUUCUGCCAUGAACAUGUUUUCAACUUUUUCAAGUGGUGUUUCUGCAGUGUCAGGAUCUUCAAAGAAAUCAGCGGAAGAGGUUGUUUCUCCAUCGGCAGUGAGUAAUAAUUCAGAGACCAAAUCAUCAGGUCGAUCUCGAUUCAGUGUGAGAAGUCACCAAGGAGGAGAUUUAGCUCAACAUUUGAAUCCAAGUCCUGCAUUUUCUGUUGUCGCAAAUACUACUACAACAAGUGGUACUGCCCUUUCCAGUAGCAGUGGUGGUGGUGGUGCAGCGUCCAUGUCUACACCGGUCUUGUCUUCCUCUCCGCCCAAUCGGUUUUUAUCGAAAGCUUCGAAAAUGCAAGUCGUUGAUGACGAUGUUGGAACAGAAGCAAACAUUUCCGAUGAUGAAUCUGAAGAAAUUGAUGACGAUGAAGAGGACAUGAUGAGUACAGGUGCAAAGAGUGGUAGCUCUACAAGAUCUGGAGGCAACAGAAGAAGUGCAAAACGAGAAGGAAAUUUAUUGGAGCUUCUCAAUUCCAAGAAUUUAGAAGAUGCUAGUUUCAGAAGACACUCAGUCAUGUUGGAUAAAUCGGAUCGUUCCUCCUCAGUUGCAAAAUUUAACUUGAUGGAACAAUCCUCAGUUCAUUCCGGAACCAAUGUGAGAAAGAAUGAUGAAGAUCAAUUUGACAAGAGACGUUUCUUGAAUAUCAUGUCCAUCUUCCCAGUCGAGAAGGAACACUCUCGCUAUUUUGAUGAUGGUAAACGUGUCGAUUUAACAACAACCAUUCCUGAAGUGAAAGAAUGGGAACAAGAAUUGAUUAACUUUGAAACAAAGAGGGCUCAAAAAUCAGAAAAACAAAAUGGUAACAAAAUGGCCUUGUCCUCUCUGGUUCCUCAUGAUUUUGCAGAUGCAAAAGAAAAAUGUAAAGAAACAUUACAACAAGAAGACAAAUUUUGCUACUGGUCUCACGAAGUCAUUUGGUUUAAUCCAAGAGUAUACGGAAAGAGUCAAUACAAGGAAGCGUUAUUGGUGUUAGGAAAUAGAAACGUCUAUAUCAUUGACGCUAAAAGCUUCAAAACUGAAACCAAAGUCAGAAUUAAUGAUAUUUAUCAUAUAGUGCAAUCAGGCUAUGAAGACGACAUUGUUGGAAUUAUUCGGAAAGACAGAGAAGAACAAUUUGAUAUUUUAUUCCAAUUCACUGAAACCAAGAGAACAAAAUCAAGUGAUGACACAUCCGUCACAGUUGCAGAUGAAGAACGUAUUAGAGGAAAGUCGUUUGCAGAUUCUCGCUCUGAGGCGUUCAAAGAACAAGAGAACGAAAUAUACUUGAAGAAAGUUGAAUUCUUUGAUUAUAUUUCUGCUGUUUAUGCGUCACAGAGAUCCUCUCCACUGAAAAUUUUCUUUGUUCUUGACGUAAGAUCAAUGUGUAGAAUUGAAGAAAGAGAAGAGCCAUUCGAUUUGAAUCCCAAGAAUAUUUUAGAGUCAACCUCCAUUUUGCAAAUUGACAAAAAACACGAUUUUAUCAAACUCUAUCAAGAGCCCACAAGAUGUAAAGUCAUGAGUGAAUUUGGUGACAAACAAGUUUUCUUUGCUGGAUUGCUUGGAAAGAAGAACAAGAGAAACAAGUACCAAAAUCGUACUAUUGUUAUCACAAACAGAGCAUUGUAUCUAUUUGAUCCAAAGAAGCAAAAAUCAUUCAAGAGAAGAAUCAAAUUAUCUGAAAUUUCCAGAGUCUAUAGAAAUAAGAAAAAGGGAGUCUUAAUUGAUGUUCCUAGUGAAUACCCACUUUGUUUAGUGCCAAAACAAAACAUGGAAGUUUUUGAGGACUUUGUCAACGUCUUGUCUUCUCUCUAUUUUGACAACGACCUUGUUCAACAUGUGAAAGACAACGAAUUUGAUUCAUUCGACUUGCAGAAGUCUCAAGGUUUCAAAGAAAAGAUGAACGAAACUGAAGACGUUCUCUUUGUUCAAACUCAACUCAGAAAUGCCAUCUUCAACAAAGAUGUCAAUCAAGUGAGAGAAUAUUUAGCUUAUGCAGAUGCGUUAGUUGGAAAGAAGGAUCAAACAGAAACCAAUAGUAUUAGAGAUCUCAGAAUUCAAGCAAGCGAAUUCUUGGCUGAUAUUCAACUUCAGGAAUUUAUCAAGGAAAAACUUCAAGCAGCAUUCUUAAACAAGGACUUUUUAGAAAUGAGUAGAAUGUUAGAACACAUUGAAACAAUCAAGAAAGAACGAGGUGAAGCUGAAAUUUGCAAGUCGCUCUCUGAUUAUUUGAAGAGUAUCAGGACCGAAAAAGACAUUGUGAUUAACAAGCACUUAAUGUUGACAAGAAUUGAAUUUUUACUUGAGUCUGGAGUUGACCAAGAAAAUGAAAGAAGAAUCAUGCACGCAGUAGAUAUUGCAAAACGAGCAGGUUUCGUCAGGGAAGUUGAACAAUACAAACAAGAUUAUGACAGAGAAAAACAAAAGAUUUACAUUGAUCAACAACUUGCAGAAAUUCUUGAUAGAAAAGCUAAAAGUGCCAGUUUGGACUCUGAUGCAGACCGUUUGAUUUGUCUGAUUGAGAAUGCAAAAUCACUUGGAAUCUAUGAAGGAAAGAUUCAAAAAAUCUUUGAAGAAAAUACCAAAGCAUUUAUUACCAACAAAUCUAACAAUCAUAAUUUCAAGAUGGCCAUCGAACAAACGAGAAAGGAUAUUGAAAGUAAUCACGCCAAGUUGAAAAAAGAAAUUGAGAAGGUUCAAAGUAACUCUGAAGGUUACACCAACAUUGACAAGGCAUUGGUUGAAGAAGCUAAAAAAGUGAUUCAAGAAAUUGAAGAAAUUAGAAAGUAUCAACGAAAACUUCAUGCAAUUUUAGACAAGACUGAAAAGAAAAAGUACACUGUUGAAGAAGCGCAGGUUCUCAUUGAAAAAUGUAAAAAGAAACUGAAUCACAAACGCAAAGGGUACGGCGAAACAAAGGAUUAUAGAGAAUUGUUGAAACGUACCAACAAUACUUAUAACGAGUUGAAGAGAGAACUCAAAAAGAUUUACAAACAUGAGGCUGUCAAUACUGCUGAUCUUCUCAGAAAGCUUCUUGAACAACAAGAAUAUGGAAAACUUCAAGAGAAACUCAACCAAAUUAGUACUUUAUCCAUCAAGACAGCUCUCGUAGCAGAAUAUCCUGAACUUCAAAAAGUAAUCGAUGAAGUCGUUGACAAUUUAAACACUUACGAUUUCAUGUCAAGAUUGAAGGGUGAAAAUGUUGAAGCAGCAUACACAUAUUUGGAUGUUGAAAUAGUGCUAAAAUUCAAAGAUUUUGCAGAGAGAAAUCCUCAGUACCUCACAGAGGAUCAACAAAUCUCUUUAGCUAAAAUUGAAAAGAAGGUUGCCACUGAAUACAAAUAUUACAAUGAAAUUCUGGAGGAGAAGAAGAGAUUCAAGGACAUUUCUGCAGAAAUUAUAAAUUUCCAAAGAGUCGAAAGUCUUCUUGAACAAGUUUCUGAUAUUGCUUCUCUUCACAAGGAAGCAGAUGAGUUAGCAGAUUUGGUGAGAAGAAAGAAGACCUUCAAUCAAUAUGUCAGAGAGAUUCAAAAACGUAAAACUCAAGGCAAGAACUAUGAUGACAUUAUGAGAAAAGCAAGCAAAGAAGAUUUUGACGCCAACAUCAUCAUUAGUGCUGUCAUGACACAAAAAGCAAACGACUUACAAAUUGAAGAUGAAAUCAAUGAAUUAAUUAAGAGAAAAGAUGUCAGAAAGCUUCAAGAGCUUAUCAAUAGAAAUGCUGAAACCAUGCCAAAGAAUUUACUCAAAAUUGCAAAUGCAAAAUUGAACAAUUUAAGAAGAGAGAACAUGACACCUUUAGAAUUAAUUGAACAAAUCAAUAACGCUAUUGAUGUAAAUGCUAAGGAAGAAUUAAUCAGUGCUGUUGAAGUAGCUAACAAACUAUUGAAAGAAGAUAUUGCAGAACAAUCCAAGACUCAAUUGUUAACAGCCAUUGAACGAGCCAAUAGGACCAUUAAAUCUAUCAAUGACAGUGAAAAUAUUGCCAAGGUCAAACAAUUCUCAAGUGAAUUUAUCAAACAAGCAAUGCAUUCUGAUGAACUGGUAGAUUUGGAACUGGAGAAUGAAGACAGCUUUAAACUCACAAGAAAACUUCGUCUCGUUCAAGGUUUGACUGAUUACUCUUCAAUGACUCAAGAAGAAAAACAAAAGUAUUUGUUUGAAGUAUUCCAAAGUAAGAGCAUUGACACCGAUAAUGAACUUCUUCAACGUCUCACUUACCAUGUGAACAAAUUGAGAGCUUUCUGUGAAGCCAAAGAAGGUUUAGGGGACGAGGAAGAAAAAUACACAGUCGAAAGAGAUAACGUCUUUGGACAAAACUUGAUCAAGGUCUUGUAUGAUAUUCUUAACCAUAGAACAAAGAAGAGAUUCUUCUACCUGACCAAAGAUCCAUAUGAAAUCUUGUCUGGUUUGAAAAACAAUAAUGACUUUAUCCUCAAAUUGGUUGAUACUUUUGACUCUAACGAAUUAGUGAAGCGCCUUAAGAAGGAAAAGAAGAGUGACGCGCUCUCUGUGCAAUUCAUUUAUUAUUUACUCUCUCAGAAGGCGUUCAUGUUCGUAAUUGAACAAUUGUUAACUUCAGAGGAUUACCUUAGAGAGUGUUACGAACUCGACUCGGUUAUUCUCGACCGAAGAUACAGAGAUGACAUUUAUCCACUCAUGUCACUGUUGAACAUGUUUAAAUUCGCAUUUACUUUGAGUUCUUCAACCGAUGUACUGGCAGCCUCUCCAGUCUCUAAAUUGAAGGGUAUUGUGAGAUCUAUUGUGCAUUACUUUGUUGCCAACCGAGCAGAGACUAAAUCUAACUUGGAACUCAGUGGAAAAGAGGCUUGGGAAAAGAGUCAGAUCGGUGUUCUAAUUCGACAAAAAUUGGUACCAACGCUGGCAGAAAUUUUGAAUCACAAAUUCAAGAGCGGAUUCAUAUCCAAGUAUCAUAUUUGGCAAUUUAUUCAAGACGUUGCUGAACAACGAAGAAUCAGUGCCAUUGAUAUUGGAGGUAUCCAUUUGCCAGAAGCUGUUGAUGCUGUCAACAACAACACAAGUGACACUCUUGAUUUCAACUUCAAAUUCGAAAUGUUUGUUUGCUAUGCUUUGAACAGAGGAUUACUUGCAGAAUUCUUUGAGAGCAUCCUCAAAGAUAGAUCCUUCCUUAACAAGUACUAUGAUCAGUAUGCACUCGUUUUAGACAGAGAUGUCAUUGGAAAUACUAUCAAAUAUUUUGAAAUUAUCUCACAGCUACCCUUCGAACUCAUUGAGGACUCUGUAAAAUAUUUUGACAAGUAUCCCAAACAACAGUAA